ACUUGGGACCCGGGUACAAAGAGAUGGAUCGCCAUGGAUGACUAGCCUCAGGUAUUCCCUGUCACCCUGCACCACCAUACAAGCCUUCGAGAAUGCCAGGGUCACCCGUAGCCACAAUCCCAUCUCCUCGCACAGUUCCAGAUGUGUCCGGCAUGCUCAAGGCUGCUCCAGAAAAUGGAGGGUGGACGCCGCUGCAGCGGUCUUCUCGCGUACAGUACACGAGACCGAUGGUUGGCUCCGAGUCUUGGAUCUUUUCCUGGCGCGAGUUUGGCGACGGUCUAGGCGACGUCUGUCACGGCUUCACGCUCAACACAAGCCUCAGCAUCGGCACUGUUGAAGAGAGACUGAAGAAUGGCCUAUGUUAUCUCAGAUUCGUCGCACCCCUCCUCGGAGGCACCAUUGAGAAGGGUAUCCACGACCCGGAGCUGGGAUCAUGGGUGUACACUCCUGCCUCCGGGAUCGACGAGGUGCGCCGCUGGGCCGCGGACACGCUGUCCGUGGUCGAGACCACAACAUCUCCCAACGACUUCGUCAACCACGCAGUCACAACACCCCUCCCCUACACCCUCUCCGACGGGAAGACCCAGUACUGGAAGCUCUUCCUCCUGCGGGACGCCGCCGGCCCGAUCGGGCUGUUCGCCCACGGCACGCACGCGCUCUUCGACGCCCACCCGACGCUCAAGAUGCUCCAGACUUUGCUGGACGAAAUCGUCCAACCGCAUGAUGAUGAAUUCAUCCGCAGCCUUGCCUGGGGAGAAGAGUGGCGCAACCUCUGUGCUGAUCCUAUCAUCGCGACCGGGCCGCGGGAGGGCUGGGACGACGAGGGCAUGAAGCUGGUCCAGUUCAUGCAGAGCCAGAUGACGAGUCCCGUGCCCAUGCACGGCUUGAAGCCACGCCGGCCGGCCAUCCAGGACGUCACCACAGUGCACCGCGUUGUGCAGACACUCGAGCCCGACGUGACCAGGUCGGUCCUCGCCGCCCUCAAGCGUACGGGCCACACGGUGACGCAGCUCGUCGAGGCCGCGACGAUCCUCGCGCUCUUCGCGGAGAACCCCGACGUCGCGUCGCCAGAGGAGGCGCACGUCACCCUGGACCUCUGCUUCAUAUCCUUGAUGAAGCACCUCGUGCCCCCGUACGAGCCGGCCACGCACAUCGUCUCGUGCUCUGGACUGGUCUGGAUCAAGGUGCCCUACAGCGUGUUCCGCACAGAAGACGACGCGGCGAAGAGGCUCUGUCUGAUCAUGGGCCAUCUGCGCGACCAAUACGCCGUGUACCUGUCCAGCCCUCACCUCCCGCAUCUCACCGCGCGCGUGGCGCAGAUGGUGCCGCUGCGCGUCGCGCCGCCUACCCUGUGGCCGAACAAGUCCGCGAACAUCCUGACGAACAUCGGCGUGAUCGACCGCAUAGCCAAACUUGACUAUUACGAGCACCCCGGCGACGCGCAUCCGCUCGUCGCGGUGGACGAUAUGAUAUUCUGUCAUAGUGUAGGGGAAACACACCGCCCGAUCGUGCAUGCGUGGACGAUCAAGGGACGCCUGCACAUGCAGAUACGGGGCGCUGACGUCUGGGACUCGAGCCAGCUUGAGCAGUUUGGGAGCAGGAUUCUCGAGUUCGUGCGCUUGAUCUCUACUGCCAGUGUCGCAUAGAUGCCGUCCAAGAGUUGCAAGC